UAACCUAAAAGUGUUUGUUUGUUUUGUUCAUUUGAAACUAUUUUAAUAUAAAAAUCAAAGCUUUAACCAUGACAAAAGCUAAAAAAAACAAGGCUAAUAAGUCUGAAAUGUUCACUAACACAAGAAAAGCAUUGCGCAAACAAAAACGGCAGCAGAAGAAGGUUCACCGUCAAGAGCAUUAUUUGAAAAAGAAAAACACCGAUGAAACCCCUAAAUAUGUAGCUGGUAGAUUUGUGAGGCGACCACCAGAUGCUCCAGAAACAGAAACAAAUGUUAAGAAAAAGAAAAAGCAAAACCAGCCAACACCACAAGACAUUAUCUCCAAAGAACGGCAAAAGGAUUUGAAAGAAGCUGAAGAGCUCAAGUCUCAAAUGGAAGAACGGAGAAGAAAAAUGCUUCUACAAGCUAAUGAGGAUGAAGAUAAAGUAAUCAAGAAAUUGGAGAAACAGCUGGGCUUGAACAAGUGCAAAAAUAAGAAGAACUUCUUCUCUGAUGAUGGACUUGACUAUCUUUUAGAAAUUUGCGACAGAACAACCAGUGAACAAAUAGUAGCAGCUGAAAAACAUCUGGCGAAUGUGGAAGCAGAAUCAGACUUCGAAGAAGACCUGGCUGUUGUCACUGGAAAAAAGGUUUCCAGUAAAAAUAAACAAAAGAAGGUUAAAGAUUCACAAUCUGAUAUUGAUGAAGGAAGUGAUGAUGAAGGCAGUGGAGAAGAAUUAGAUGGGGAAUAUAGUGAUGAAGAAAUGGAUGUAGAUGAUGAUGAGGAUUUAAGUGAUGAAGGCAGCGAAGGAUUUUCUGAUGAUAAUGAUGAUGAUGGAAUGUCAGAUAGUGAACCAGAAGAGAGAGAAACAAAAUCUUCCAAAGCUAAAAAAGAUAAACAAUCACUGAAAAAUAUAAACUCCAAAGCAGAAACUGAGAAGAAUAACAAAAAUAAAAAACUAGAAACUGUAAAAAGUAAAGGCAAAGAGAGAAUUAUACAAGAAGAUGAUUUGAGCAAAGUGUUCAGUGAUGAUGAAGUGUCACAUCUGUCUGAUGAUGAUGAUGAAAUGGAGGGUUUCUCUGAUGAUGGCCCAGAAGAUGAAAAUGAUGAAAAAAGUAAAGAAAAACCUGAUGUUUGGGAAGAUAUUUAUGGAAGGAAGAGAGAUAAGGAGGGUAAUAUUAUUAAGGAAGAGAAAGGAGUUUAUAUACCGCCUCAUUUGAGAAAUAAAGACUCAGGAUCAGACAAAGAAUUAGCACAGUUAAAACGGCAAAUCAAAAGCGUUCUCAACAAACUGGCUGGCACAAAUCUCCACUGGGCGUGUACGUCCAUAGAGAAUCUAUACGCCAGCAAUAGUAGGAACUCAGUGAAUACGGCGCUCACUCGCCUAUGGUUGGACGCGACCGUCGGUCCAUCAGCCACGCCGGAUCGAAUGGUGGCAGAACAUGCUGCUUUAGUGUCUGUGUUGCACGCCAAUGUGGCUACUGAAAUUGGAGCGCACUUCUUGCAAGAGUUAACCACGAGGUUUGACGAAAUGAUGAAGACGCCCCAACGUGUAGAAGACAAGACGCUGGACAACCUCGUAUCGUGUUUGGCUUAUCUGUACAGUUUCAAGAUCUACCACGCUACGCUCCUCUACGACAUAUUCACUCGCCUUUUAGAGGAUCUCACUGAGAAGAACAUUGACUGUGUGCUCGUAGCUCUUAGGAGUGUAGGCGGAGUACUAAGGAAAGAGGAACCAUUGGCGUUGAAGGAGUUCAUACAUGCCACGCAGGCACGCGUGGCUAAACUCAACGAAAAGGCAGCUGAUGGGUCUCGCAUAAAGUUCCUUCUAGAAGUUCUAAUGGCGGUAAAGAACAACAAUCUAACAAAGAUCCCGGGUUAUGAGCCCACGUACGCCGAGCAACUCAAGAAGACAACACGAGGCAUUAUAAGAAAAGGCAACUACAUCACGCCGCUCAAUAUCAGGCUGGAAGACUUGUUGAAAGCGGAAGAACGAGGCAAAUGGUGGGUGGUGGGGUCGGCUUGGGAAGGCAGCCGCGUGCCGGAGACCAAGCCGGCUGUGGCCAACCUGCCUACUACAGAUCAAAAGCUGCUGGAACUAGCUAGGAAGCAACGCAUGAACACUGACGUGAGAAGAAGCAUAUUCUGCGUCAUUAUGUCUGCCGAGGACUACAUGGACGCGUUCGAAAAGCUUCAACACUUAGGCCUCAAAGGGCAGCAGGAGAGAGAGACGGUGCACGUGCUAAUGGCUUGCUGCUUGCAAGAGAAGACGUUUAACCCGUACUACGCUGUGCUGGCGCAGAAACUGUGCGACUUCGAUAGGAAAUAUCAGCUUUCAAUACAAUACUCGACAUGGGAUAAAAUAAAGGAACUGGAGAAUUUGCCGAAACACAGCAUGGCCAACUUAGCGCAACUACUGGUGCACCUCAUUAUGGGGAAAGGCUUGGCGUUGUCCGUUCUGAAGGUGAUCCAAUUCUCCGACCUGAACAAGCAGUCGGUCCGGUUCAUGCGUCAGAUCCUCCUAGCCAUCAUAAUGAACGCUGACUUCCAAGCCUCCUUAGAAGUCUUCCACAGGGUAUCCAAACCUCCCAAACUGCACAUGUUCAGGGAAAGCAUACGACUGUUCAUACAACACUUUCUGAUAAAGAAUGCUGGCAAGAAAAACAACGUUCUAACUGAAGAAGAAAUGGCAACAUUGAAAGAAAGAGCAGUAGAGGUUGAUAAAAUAUUAACUAUGCACGAAUCUAAAUUAAGGUUUUAAUAUUAAUAAAUUUUAUACAACUGUUA